AUGUCUAAAAAAGCAAUUCAAUUAUUGUCACCGUACUCUUUCAGGGGGUUAUUGAGUUCAGCAAGACAAGAUGCAAGAGUAAUUGCAGUUGAUGGCUCAUGGUAUAUGCCAAAUAAUCCAAGAAAUGCCAAAGAAGAGUUCGAUAAUCUAAGACUUGAAAAUUCUAGGUUCUUUGAUUUAGACGCUGUGAAAGAUAAUAGUUCACCAUAUCCACAUAUGCUACCAAGUAUUGAAGAAUUCAAUCAAAGUGUUAGAAAAUUGGGAAUUAAAAAUUCAGAUAAAGUGAUUGUUUAUGAUAAAACUGGUAACUUUUCAGCUCCAAGAGUUGUAUGGACAUUUUCAGUUUUUGGUCAUGAAAAUGUGUACUUGUUGAAUAAUUUUCCAGAAUAUGAGAGAUACAAAUAUCCUGUUCUUAAAGAUAAUGAUCAUACAACUCCGGAACCAUCUGAUUUCGAAGCCAAAAACUUCGAUAAAGAUGCAGUGAUAUCAUUUGAGCAAUUUGUGGAAAUUGUAUCUAAUGAAAAUCUUAGAACCAAGUAUAACAUUUUAGAUGCAAGAUCUCAUGAUAGAUUCACAGGUGAAGCUCCAGAACCAAGACCUGGUCUUCCAAGUGGACAUGCUCCAGGUGCUAAAUCAUUACCUUUUGGUAAAGUCUUAGGGGAAAAUAACUUGUUUUUGGAUUCUAGUACAUUAACAAAAAUUGUCGAUUCAAUUGGCGUCGAUCCAGAAAAACCUACAAUUGUUAUGUGUGGCACAGGUGUCACUGCAUGUAUCUUGAAAACAGCUUUAGAUAAAAUUGGAUAUAACAAGAAGGGAAUUCAAGUUUAUGAUGGUAGUUGGACGUGA